CCGCUUCCUCGACCUGCAUCGGCGCCGCUUCCUCGAUCUGUCCCGGCGCCGUUUGGAUCGUUGCGGCAACGGCUUCGUCGGUCUUCAGCUCCGCCACCUACAUCCUGAAGGAGUACGAUCUCGUGGCUGGAUGGCGACGGACAUGUUGACCAUAUACCUGCACUAUGAAGAUACAAAUCAGGAAGCCAAAAUUUUACAAAGAUCCAUGAUGAGACAUGAUGAAAACCUCCAAUCAAAUGAUAAUGGUAUUUCUCGGUCACCAGUACUGCUUGGUAAAACAAAGAGAAUCCAGUGCAAUGGACCCGUUGAGGCACGCUCGUCUAUGCAACAUGACAUUCCUGAGGAUAAUAAUUUAUCAUGUUCGCAUGAAAAGGUUGGCGACCAUGAUGUCAACCAAUUACAAAUUCAACAAAAUUCAUCAUCACCACAAGACCUUGUUAUUGAUUCUGUGCUAGAGGUGAGGGAAAUGAGGAAUAUUACGGGUGAAUCUGUUUCAAGACUGAACCAGCAAAGGACUAGAACUGAACACCCACACCGCUCAAAAAGAAGGCGUUCUUCUUCCAUCAAGGCUGCUUCCAAAGUAGUCUUAAAGACUUCAACAUAUCCCAACAAGCGGAAUGUUGCGUAUGGUACUAUUCGGAGUACUGAUCCAAGAACUAAGGCUGGUGGUAUUGAGUUAGGUGCUGAAUUUGCUCUUGUGCGCAUAGACGAACCUAUUCUUGAUAAUGAGGAGUUGGUAAGGGAAGUUUCUGAUUGCAAGACAAUUGGCGAGGCUUUCACUUCAGGAUACUUAAUUGCCUGGCCUUCAGCUUUUAUUCGAGAGAAGGAUGGUUGAUUUGCUGUUGAAUUCUUGGAUCAAGAAGCAAAUAAAAUCUGAAGAUUUUAGCUACCAAUAGUUGUAGUUUAAAUUGAUAGAUUUAAAAGUGUAAUAUCAUCCUGAAGAUCUUUCUCUUUCAUCGAAUUGAUGCAAAUGCGACAGUGUAAUAUUCCCCAUAGUUGUGUUUUUUAUCCAAAAAUUAUAUGACUGGUAUCUUUAUUGUAAUGCAUAUGUAUCAUACACUCUUCUAUAUUCGUAAUAAAUAUCUUCGUACGAAUUUCUGUA